AUGGAUAUUAUAAGAGAAAGGCCAACCUUCCAAAAUGCGAUGAAGUUAACCAUUUUAAUUGGCCAAUUUUUUGGAUUGAACCCCGUGCUUGGAAUCACUAAUAUUGAUACAAAAAGAGUGAGGUUUUCAUAUAUAUCAGUUCGUAGUAUCUACAGUAUUUUGACAAUUGUAGGACAAGUUGUGGUGUUUUUACUCUGUACAACAUACAUAGUAAUGUAUUCAGAUACAUCCCUUCAUUCUAUAACCUCAAUGGUGUUUGGAAGUUCGAAUUGUAUUACAACAAUUUUAUUCUUUCGUGCUGCUACCAAAUGGCCCAAAUUAAUGAAUUAUAUCACUAAAGUUGAGACAAUAUACCCAAACAUUGAUGGAGCAUUCGUAACAAAAUGUAAUUUGUCAUGUAUCAUUGUUUUGACAUUGGCUUUAGUGGAACAUGUUCUAGCCGAUUUCUCUAAAGUAAUAUAUGUCAUGGACUGCCCAAACCCAAAAUUGGACACUUAUGGUGGAUUUAUUAUGCAUAGCUUCCCCUGGAUCUUUACGGUUAUUGAAUACAAGACCUACUUAGGGAUAUUUGUACAGUUCAUAAAUAUACAGUGUACAUUUAAUUGGAAUUUCGCAAACUUAUUUGUCAUCUGCGUGAGUAUAUACUUGACAUCACGAUUAGAACAAGUUAAUAGGAAGAUAUUGGAAGCUAAAGGCAAGUUUAUACCGAAUAGCUUUUGGCGUAACAUGAGAGAGGAGUACAACCGGGCGACGAGCCUAGUCCGACGAUUGGAUGACGUAAUAGGCGGAAUCAUUUUCAUAUCGUUUGCAAAUAAUUUAUUUUUUAUUUGUUUACAAUUAUUAAAUACUCUUGCAGACGGCAUAAAAGCUUUGCCAUCAUGCAAUAUUGGCGCCGAUGAGAGGCCCCUCAAAGGUUACGAACAAGCAGUGUAUUUUAUGUAUUCCUUCGUGUUCCUUGUGAUGCGGUCACUAGCUGUGUCGUUGAUAGCGGCAAGAGUUUAUUCUGCAAGCAAAGAGCCAGCGUUUGCUUUGUAUGAAAUUCCACCUUCUAUGUACUGUACUGAGGUUCAAAGGUUCCUUGAUCAGGUCCAUGGAGAAUCGGUAGCCUUGAGUGGUCUUCGCUUCUUUCAAGUGAAACGGGGAUUGGUUUUGACAAUUGCUGGAACAAUAGUCACAUACGAGCUGGUGCUGCUACAGUUUGGAAUUAAGCCGACUGUACCUAAACAUUAA